UGUAUCAAUAGACUGCACCUUUAAGAAGGGGACCUCCCACGUGUUGCAUGUUGUCUAUGCCACAGGUUGCCUACCUGUCUCGCAUUACUCUGCACUAACCUCCACAUGCCAGCGCUCUGUUCUCUACAAAGAGAAAAGAGAAUGUGGCUCAAAUCCCUCGUCACGGAAUCGUUCUCGGAUUGACUCCGCCCUCAAAAGUGUCGCGACUGACACAUUUGACAUUCUCUCAGAAAAAAAAUAAGCUUUUGUGGUCGAGGUCCUCAGAAACCUCACGGGUUUCCUGGCUUUCUCCACAGCUGUGAGGAGUUGUCGCCUCUUUAGUGUCGAUUAUGCUGGACCCGUCCUCCAGCGAGGAAUCUGAGGGGGAACUGCCACCUGAGGACGACCCACCCGUUAAAACUGGGAAACCUGUAAAAAAAAGUCCCAAACCUGAAAAGACUUCGGAUGCCUCGCGAACCCAAACCAAGGAAUCAGUUCCUUCUCCUGCUGAGGCGGACAAAACCGAGCAGGAGAGACUUAAAACGGAGGAAGCGGAGAGGAAAAUUAAACUACAGAUUUAUGUGUUUGUGCUGAGAUGUAUCGCGUAUCCGUUUAACGCUAAACAGCCCACAGAUAUGGCUCGACGUCAACAGAAGCUGAACAAGCAACAGCUGCAGGUGGUGAAGGAGCGCUUCCAGGCCUUCCUAAAAGGAGAGACUCAGAUUGUCGCUGAUGAGGCUUUCUGCAACGCUGUGCGCAGUUACUAUGAGGGCUUUCUGAAGAGUGAGCGAGUUGCCCGCAUGGUACUGAGCGGAGGUUGUUCUGCCAGUGACUUCCGUGAGGUCUUCAAAAAGAACAUUGAGCGCCGCGUGCGCAGCCUGCCUGAGAUUGACGGCUUGAGCAAAGAGACUGUCUUGAGCUCCUGGAUCACCAAGUACGAUGCCAUCUACAAAGGAGAGGAGGACCAGCGGCGGGCGCAGGGAAGAAUGCCGUUCAGCGCUGUCUCAGAGCUCAUACUUAGCAAGGAGCAGCUUUAUGAGAUGUUCCAGCACAUCCUGGGAAUCAAAAAGUUUGAGCAUCAGCUACUCUACAAUGCCCUUCAGCUGGACAAUGUGGACGAGCAGGCAGCGCAAAUCCGCAGAGAGCUGGACGGGCGACUGCAGCUGGCUGAGAAAAUAGCCAGAGAGAGGAAGUUUCCAAAGUUUAUUUCCAAAGACAUGGAGAUGAUGUAUGUGGAGGAGCUCAGGUCAUCCGUUAACCUGCUAAUGGCUAAUCUGGAGAGCCAGCCUGUGGCCAAAGACUUCAAGCCCAAAGUCAAGCCCAAACUCACACCCAUGAACAGCUUCCUGGACAUCGGUGAUGAGAACGACUUGCCCCUCUCCAAGUCUGACGUAGUGCUGUCGUUUUCCUUAGAGAUUGUGAUCAUAGAGGUUCAGGGGCUGAAAUCCGUUGCUCCUAACCGAAUUGUGUACUGCACCAUGGAGGUGGAGGGAGGUGAAAAGCUCCAGACGGAUCAAGCCGAAGCCUCCAGGCCACAGUAAGUAUGGUAGUCACAACCAAUAAAAUAUGAUCACAUUAUCAUUAAAUUACAAUAAUUUUUUUAAUCCAUCUGACUUCAUUAAAGGUAACUUUUUUCUCCUUGUAGCAACUUUUUUUUUUUAUAUAAUGUUUACUAUCUUUACAUCCUGUUGCUCAUGAAAUGGCAGCUCUAGCAAAGAAGCAGUGUAUCUAAUCAAUUCCCAGUGGACAAAAUCAAAUCCUCAUCCACAUUAUUUUCUUUUUCAAGAAAACAUAAGUAGGAAAAAAUAAAUAAAACAACCUCUUCCAUUUCAUGGUGAUUUUAAGCAGCACAUCCAAUUUAAUAUUGGGAA